AUGCUCCGGCUGCCGGGGCAAACACCGAUUCUGACAGCCGAAGGUGUCGCUGCGCUAGAUGAGGCCAUUGAUGUGCUGGUGGAAAUCGCGGCACCGCUGCCGCUGCUCACACCCUACCGCGGACUCGCCGCCGCCGCUGCUGAACACUGCGCGGAUCUCGCGCGGACCGGCGAGGCCUCGCACUUUGGCUCGGACGGCUCAGCGCCGGCGCAGCGUGUAGAGCGGUAUGGUAAGUGGCGAGUGGCAACAGCUGAGAACAUUUCGUACGGCGGCGAGUCGGCCUUUCGCAUCAUGGCUAAGCUGCUUAUCGACGACGGCGUGCCCGAUCGUGGCCAUCGUGCCACCAUGCUGGACCCCGAAUACGCCUGCGUCGGCAUUGCUGUUGCGUCACACCCCGUCUACAACACCGUUGCCGUCUUCGAGUUUGCAGCCGUCUUUGAGGACGCGCUGGCAAUUGCCCCGCCACCGUCACUUCUCUCUGAUCCAACAUGCCUUACCCCCAACGCCGCGCCGCCCGACGAAGGCACAGGACCACCGUGCGCCGGGUGCGGCGAGCGGAUUGUCCGCACCGGUACACGCGCUCUCAACAAGGAGUGGCAUCCAGAGUGUCUCAAAUGUGCGGUGUGUGGCGAUGUGCUCAACGGUGACUUUUUCACCAAAAACGGCGCCUCCUCGUCUAUGCCAAUCCUGACACAUCGAUAG